AUGGAUGAGGAUACCACGAGGCUGGCCCCCCCGGCCGUGAGCUCGCUCCGUGCUCAAGCUAUCGGCCGUUCAAUGGAAAGAUCUUUAAGCGCGGACAUUAGGGAAGAGCGCGAAGAACUUCGUGAGGCCGCGGAACAAACUUUAAACGUUAUUGUGGACCUAAAUCUCGACGGCACCAUUCGUUGGGUUAGCCCGUCAUGGGCUGAUGUUAUUGGGACAGAAAUAAAUGCUGUCGAAGGGACAUCGAUCGCCGAUUUAAUCAUUAGCGAAGACAAGUCUGCAUUUGCCGAAGCCAUUACUUCAAUGAAGAAUGACGAUUCGCGUAGCCAGUAUAUCCGAUUUACCGUCUACUUGGGUCCUCUGUCUAAGCUAUACCCCGUUGAUACUCGUAAGGAGCCUGAGGCGGACGAAAACAUGCCUACCACGGUCGAGUUAGAGGCUCAAGGGAUCAUGGUCUAUGAUCGCACUACUGGAGGCGAAAGUCACACGAUGUGGAUGCUACGACCUUGGGUUGCACCUCGAGAGAUAAAAAUCGACUUGGCACCGCUGCUUGUAGAUUCUCUUGGAUCUGGUGCAGAGGUUCUAGCUAGUUAUCUAACCCAGCUAGCUGAGUCUGGAAACGACGACCCUGCCCAAAACCCGCCGCCCCUGCCGGUUUUAUGUCGCAUCUGCGAACGCCAAAUACCGCCUUGGUGGUUCGAGAAACAUACGGACCUAUGUCUCCAAGAACACCGAGCCGAAAUGGAUGUUCAGAUAGCACAGGAGAAUCUAACCGAACACCGGCACUCCAUCGUCAAGGUACUAGAUGCGUUAGAGGCCCGCAAGAGCCGUGCUCUUUCAGGAGAGCCAGGAUCGUUACCCAUUGCCGAGUACAGGGGCUUGCCUAUAGGGCCUUCUUCUACCACAUCAUCCCCUGGAGCGGCCUCCCCUACUCCUUCGUCGAGGGAUCGGUCGACCGGAUUUGGCCAUGGCCGUUCUCGAUCGUUUGCGGUGCGGCGCCCGCAGGCCCGUAUUGUGGAGUUGCUGUUGGAUCUGUGUGAUACUGCUAUCGAAAUUAGCACACCUGCCAUUAAAGAAUCCUCGUCCCAAGAAUUUCGCACUCAGUCACCGCAGUCUGAAUCUCGAAUAUCCCAAGUGCUCCAAUGGCAAUCUCCUGGCUCGAACACCCUCGAACAGGAACAAGGUUUGGCUUUACUGUGCGCAGAAACCGAACGGGUCGCUAAAGAGAAAGUUGAGGCUGUAUUUCGGCAUCGAAGGAUAAUCGAAUACGCGGAACGUAUCCGGGUCGAACUUACUGUCAUAGUGGAGAAUUGCAUUGAGGAUGCUAUGCGUAAGGCAGCCCGUAUUGCGGAAGGCCGUCUAAGCGACUCGACCGAGGAUGAAGAAGGCGAAGAAGUAGAGGAAGAAGAAGAAGAAGAAGAGGUGGUGGUGGUGGAGGAGGAGGAGGAGGAGGAGGAUGAAGCGAUCGGAGAGACUCCAGUGGCGCAGGAAGAACCUAUUUUUGCAGGCUCGUUCGAUACGCCUUCUUCACUGGCGCUUGCUUUGAAAAACGUGGGUUUGGAUGAUUCAGAUAACAAGCGUCCGUCUUCUAUUAUUGAAUCUACGAGGUCAAGCAGCCCUAGGGAAUGUCUGACACCAAAAUCCCACCGGGAAGUGUUAAGCACAUCAUAUCCAUCUCGAGCUUCUCGCCGGGGUUCGGCAUUGCUUGAAACUGAUACCGGAGACAGUGAUGGUAGUGUCAGAUCCGCUUCCGUAGCGCGCAAAUCACAUCGAACUGAUUCGCCCAUGUCCGAGCGGGGUGAUUUACGACGUGCUACCAGUUCACGACAGCAUCAAAGGCGCAGUCUUGUCCUUACCGGCACAUCGUCACCUCACCGCCAAGAGUCGCCUUCGAGAGGUGCGCAACCUUCCUCGCCAUUACGAAUACAUAAGCCUCGUAGUCUUCAAUAUUCUCAAGAUGGGGUCGUUUCUCCCGAGGCUUCGCCUAUGCUCCCCAAUAGUGAAUUUAGCUCACCGGCCAUAUUUGCGCAUCACCGGCGACAAUCGUCGACGACUACGUCGGAAUUCCCAAAUCGACCUGUGUCUCCCCGCUUGAAUCCCGCCAACCAUCCACCAAUGGCACGCGCAGUCCCGCCUUCUAUCAAAGACUUCGAAAUCAUCAAACCGAUCAGCAAGGGUGCUUUUGGUAGUGUCUACCUGUCAAAGAAGAAGUCCACCGGCGAAUACUUCGCAAUCAAGGUUUUGAAGAAGGCAGACAUGGUGGCCAAGAAUCAAGUCACUAAUGUUAAAGCAGAAAGGGCUAUUAUGAUGUGGCAAGGGGAGAGCGAGUUCGUUGCAAAGUUAUAUUGGACAUUCUCUAGCAAGGACUACUUGUAUCUUGUUAUGGAGUAUCUUAAUGGAGGCGAUUGUGCUUCUCUAAUUAAGGUCCUCGGAGGACUACCAGAAGAAUGGGCAAAGAAGUAUCUCGGUGAGGUUAUUCUCGGUGUAGAGCACCUACAUGAUCGGGGCAUAAUCCACCGUGAUCUUAAACCCGAUAAUCUUCUCAUCGAUCAAAAAGGUCAUCUCAAAUUGACUGAUUUUGGUCUAUCACGCAUGGGGUUAAUCGGUCGUCAAAAGAGGGCUCUAAAUAGCGGAAACGCCGAGCCCACGCCCGACUUACUCAAGACAGGGCCUUUUGUCAGGUCUACAUCUGUGGCAUCGUCUCGAUCAGCUUCACUUGACCUUCACGGCAGUCACCAUUCCCCUGCUGCUACACCGCAGAUCACCCCGGAUAAUGGAGCUGGGCAACCGUCCUAUUUCACUCUCUCACAAGUUCAUCCAUCUGGCCAACGUAGCGACAGUGGUGGUAGCGAAACCUUCACGCAUAUGAUGGGACAUUUCUCUCUGGGCGACCCUCAACAUAGCCAGGCAAGUGUACGAUCUCCACGCGAUGAUGCAAGUGAUGGCGGUAAUGCUUCUCCUGAUCUGCUGUCGCUUCAGCAGACCACCAGCCAUAAUAGCGAUAUACAUAGAAACACGCCGCCCCAGUCAAACAUGAUGCCCCCUCCAAUGGCUCUGUUUGACCCCGAAGACACAAACCGUCGGUUUGUAGGUACUCCCGACUACCUCGCCCCAGAGACCAUCAAAGGAGCUAGACAGGACGAGACCAGCGAUUGGUGGUCAGUCGGUUGUAUCAUGUUUGAAUUCCUUUACGGGUAUCCCCCUUUCCAUGCCGGCGAGGCAGAACAAGUCUUCGAGAAUAUACUAGAGCGAAAGAUCACGUGGCCCGAUGAGCCAGACGACGUUUCGCCUGAGGCGAAGGACCUCAUCAACAAACUGCUCUGCAUCGACCCGCAACAGAGACUAGGCUCAAAUCGGGACGGUAAAUACGAAUCUGGUGGAGAAGAGAUUCGCAGUCACCCUUGGUUUGAAGAUAUUAAUUGGAGUACUCUACUGCAAGAUGAUGCCCAAUUUGUUCCUCAACCCGAAAACCCUGAAGACACUGAGUACUUCGACGCUCGAGGUGCGACUUUGCAGUCCUUCACUGAGGAGAUUGAGGAUCAAGCUUCGCCCCCGUCGGUUGCAACACCGGAUUAUCCUGAUCGUCCGCACGAUGCCCUCUCGCGCGUCCGCUCUCAAGUUCAAGUCAAUCAGAUUAAACGAGGUUUGAUGCCGUUGCAUAUACCUCCUCACAUCCGAGAUCUGAAGAGUCGUCGACUUAGUGAGCCUGUGGCUUCGGAUGAUUUUGGAACAUUUGCUUUUAAGAACCUUACAGUCCUCGACAAAGCCAACAAGGACGUCAUCCAGCAACUAAAAGCUCAGGCGAUGGCUGUACAGAAUAGAUCCGGAACGAGUCCAGGUGGAAAUAAUCCUACGUCUCCAGGUCCCGGCCUUGAGGGGAGCCCGAUCAUGUCCGUGCCGAUACAACGUAACUUAUCCAAUGCUAAGGCGUCAGCAUCACAACGCCCGGCAUCGCCUUCCACAGCCAGUCUCGCCAAUUCAUCCCCUAGCCGUGCUUCUCAGCCUUCCUCGCCCCUUCUCGUAUCUUUCCAUGCAGGGCAAGGAGCUGAAAGUCGUAGAAAAGCCUCGAGCAAUUCUUCGAGCCUUUCUCAACAAUCCGGCACUGGAUCUUUGCAACCCGGGAGUUUCUUUGAUGUCCCUCGUACCGUCCCAACCCUUCAAAAAUCAGCAACAGCAGGUUCCCCGGUUCCUGCGAAGGGUAAAGUUGCACCGCCUCCGUUGCCGUUACCAUUAUCACCACACAAGACAGUAGGAACCCCAAGACAGCCGAGCGGUGAAUCCUCGACGCGAUCCCGAUCUCUAACCGUAGGCUCUCAGGAAGGCAGUCCUGUAGCUGCAGACCUCCUUGCACAUCAUCGCAAUCGUCGAAGUCAAGUUUUUGAUAUGUCUCCUUCGUCAUCAGACAACGAGAAUGAACGGGCGAGUGCUCUUCUGAAAGUGCAGCGACGUCGUCAGUCUACUCGCAGAAUGUCGGCUAUCAUGCUUGAUAGUCCGACAUUCCGUUCUUUAGACGUUCUAAUAUGCGAGGAUCACCCAGUUUCACGAAUGGUUAUGGAGAAGCUGCUCGAAAAGCUGCGAUGCCGUACCAUCUCUGCCUCGACUGGCUCGGAUGCGGUUCGAUACGCGGUUAGCGAAAUCAAGUUUGAUAUCAUAUUUACCGAGUUCAAGUUGCCUGGAAUAAGCGGCUCGGACGUUGCCCGAAUGGUGCGCGAAGUCAAGAACGUCAAUGCUCAUACACCGAUUGUCGCAAUCACAGCCUACUUGAAGGAGUUACAGGCUCCUCAUUAUUUUGACUCUCUCAUCGAGAAGCCCAUAAGCUCUUCCAAGUUAAUUGAAGUGCUUACAAACCUUUGCCAGUGGAAACCACCAACGCCAGGCCAAAUUCAGUCUCUACCCAUUCCAAAUCCUAUCACCAGUGUGAGACUAAAACACCCGCAGGUGGAAGACAGUCCCACUUCGGCAUCUUCCGGAUUUGCUCACCCGGGGAGCAGUAGCUUCAGGGGUUCGAGUAGAGAAGACUCCAUCAGUUCUAGUUUAUUUGGAGAUUCCGAGUCUGCUACUACUGACGAGAUACCUGUGGCACCUAGCAGAAAAGGUAUGGGCGAGUGGGGAGAAGAGUCUGGCCUUGGGAUUAGCAACGACGAGGCAUCUGGAAGUUCUGGAGGGGCAUCGAAAAUGCCUAUUCCACUGAUUUCUCAACAGUCAGCUCCGGCCCAAAUGGAGCUGCCUAGAUCGCCAGUACCUCGAAAGUCUCUGGAGAAACUACGCUCGAGGCGUGAGCAUGUGGAGAAGCGGCGUCUAGAAGGCAACGAUUCGGCUGAUGAUGAAGACGACGAGCUUGGUAAUCAUCGAGAUCGUGGGUUCCGUGGCAAGCAACCACCUCCCAGCUCGAAACUCGGGAUUGAAAUGAUGAGAGCAAAUAGCCACGAUAGUCUCGCUAUCUCCUCGUCUGAUACUACUCCAGAGCCUACAACCCAAGUAGCCACCCCUUCAAGAGAUUAUGACGUCUCGCCAUUUUCACGAGCCAUAUCACCAUCGAAAGUUGCCUUGGAGACGCCCCCAGAAGUUUCUCUAACUCUCGAUCCAAAUACUGUCAGCAAAGAUCCUGAUGUAACACCAAAGGCGGCAACGGUAACUGCCCCAGAAGACGAGGAAGCAGUUGAGGAGCCAACACCACGGCCUCAUACCAAAUCUUCCGAGUCAUAA